AUGGAAGGAGAGAAAGGUGCAGUAUGCGUAACUGGUGGCGCUGGAUACAUAGCAUCUUGGCUGAUAAUGAGACUUCUUGAUCAUGGUUACUCAGUCAGAACCACCGUCAGAUCUAACCCAGAGCAUAAUGAAGACCCCAGCUUUCUUAAAAGUGUGCCAGGAGCAGCAGAAAAGCUGAAAAUCUUCUAUGCGGAUCUUGAUGAUCCGGAAAGUUUUGGCGCUGCCAUCGAAGGGUGCGUCGGGGUCUUCCAUGUCGCCACUCCGGUUGAUUUCGUGAACAAAGAAGCAGAGGAAAUAGUGACCAAAAGAUCGGUAGAUGGAGCAAUAGGAAUCUUAAAGGCAUGCCUAGAUUCCAAAACGGUGAAAAAAGUUGUGUACACUUCUAGUUCUAGUGCUGUAUUCAUUAAUGGAAAGAAUUUAGAGAAAAUGGAUGAGAGCUUUUGGAGUGACACAGAUUAUAUAAGGACUCUAAAUUGGCCUUUAAGUUCGUACGCGAUUUCCAAGGCCUUAACUGAAAGGGCAGUCCUCGAAUUUUCGGAGAAACAAGGAUUGGAAGUUGUCACAUUGAUUCCUACUUAUGUUGUUGGUCCCUUCAUCUGUCCAAAGCUUCCCAGCUCUAUUCAAAUACUCUUAGAUAGCAGUGAUGAGCCUAUAAACAUAGACAUGGUGCACGUGGAUGAUGUUGCUAGAGCUCACAUUUUCCUAUUUGAACAUCCUGAGGCAAAAGGGAGGUACAUUUGUUCAUCAAUUACCACAACAAUUAAAAGUGUGUUCGAGUUGCUUUCUAUCAAGUAUCCAGAACUUCAGGCACGCAGAAAAAAUUCUGAAAUGAAGAUAGAGUGUUUGAAACUGCCAAGUGUCUCAUCAAAGAAGCUCCGAGAUUCAGGUUUCGAAUUCAAGUAUGGGGUUGAAGAAAUGUUUGAUGGUGCAAUUAAAUGUUGUAAAGAAAAGGGUUAUCUUUAGUACUUCAGUACUCCCAUAAAGUUCUGUGGUCAAUUAUCUCUGGAGUUGGUAUUUUUUUUCUCUCUAGUAUCUAUUCUUGAACUUGAAGUGUGAUGACAGAGCUGUAAAACCUAUUAUGAUCAUGAAAUAAGUACUUUCUUGUCAAAGUUUCAA